GAUUGCAACAGAAAAAGAGAAACUUUGAGUUACCUCCCCUUUCUUGUUUAUUGUUAACAACUCAGGAAGCGCCACUUUCGACUGAGUUAAGAGGUUUUAUAAAAUCAUUCAAUUAUUUUUUCAACGGUCACAAAGAAUUGAUAAAGUUUCGUCCCUAACUUAAACAGUAAGACGUACGAAAUAUAUUAUGAGGAAUAAUUGAUAGCAACAAAAAUUGGUUUAUAAGCAUGAAAAAUGGGGGUCUGUAUACUACUUGCCGUCGCGAGAAGUGGUUGAUAUAGCAACAUUACAAACAUUUUAUAUAUUCCAACGAACUCUUACGUACCAACAUAUAUCUACCUAUGACAAUAUCGAAUUCUGGAUCUGAUUUCAGUGAACCAAUAAUUAAUUACGCAAGCUCGACUCGUUCAUUAACUUUUGAUUAAAGCGGCAUUUUCUGAACGAAGCGAAUUAAUGGAAGAAAACCAAAAGAAAUUAAGUAAGAAGAAGAAAACAAAAACAAAAAUGGCAUGUAUUACUUAUAUUUUGGCACAAUUAUAUAUGUCUUUCAUAAAGAAAGGACGGCCGUUGUAUCCAACUAAAAACAACAUUAAAAAAAGAAAGAAACGUCCAGCAUGGGAUGACACUCUGACAGAUCUUUCUGUGUACAAGUCAAAUCCCGAAGAACUUAUGUAUCGCAAGAAAAUUCACCAGUCAAAACAUUUACCGUGUGUUAAAUUUCAGAAUGACAGGAAGCAAAAUGGCAAAGAUGAAAUCUCAUUGAAUCUUGCAAAGUUAAAUAGCAGACAGUUGGCGAUUAUGAAAGAGGUUCUUUAUGAUCAAGACCAGAUUAAAACAGUUCUAGAAUAUUCAGAUAGAAUGAUGGACAGAGUUGCAGAUCUAUGUGGUGAUCAUCCAAAGAGGUACCAAGCAUUUCCCUCUGUUACUGCUGCACCCAACUCUGAAACAAGUGCGAUCAAUAAAGUUUCCCUGCCAAAAGAAGUCCCUGAGUUCCAUAGCCAUCUGGAUACAUUAAGCAGCAGUUUAAUGGAUGUGUCAGCCCUAAAUGAUAACUGUCAUAAACAAGAGUUGACCUCCGCAUCAAAUGAAUCAUUACCAUCAGUCACAUAUACUAGUCACAGUGACAUGGAACGGUUCCGGAAGCUACUAGAAACAGAAGAGAAGAACCUUUUAGCAACCCAGUAUUCCUUACAAGACCAAUCAUCAUCACAGAUGACCAACAUACUUAAACAAACCCCCCAAGAUGUUCCAGGUGCUUUCACCCCAGUUCAGAACAACAGGGGUCCUAUCACAGCUGUUAACGACACAACAAAAGUGAAUAAGGUUCGUAGGGUUUUGCAUGCAGAUAUUUCUGAUGAGGAGCCCUCUUCUGACAGAAAUGGAGAACUAUCACACUCAGAGUCUGGAUUCACUCUCAAAGAUCUCAAAAAGGUGCUGGAAGAAAUGCAGCGAGAAAUGGUUAUUUAUGAAGAAAAUACUGGUAAGGUACCAGCUGAGAAGCAACAAAAGGAGACAUUUUCAGGCUACACAAUGUCUCUUUGUCAGACAGUUAUUAAGUUGUGUCGAUACCUGAGAGAAACGGAUGAGAAACUUCAAGAACAGAAGAAACUGCGUGAAAAACUUUCAUUGGAAACAUCAGAAUUGAAACUUCUUAUAGAUGCCCUGACUUUGAAUCUGAUUGAGAGCCAAGAUAAAUACAACGGUCUCUAUGCGGACAUGAAAGAAUACCAAAGAAAUACAAAUGAAGAAAUUGCAUCACUGAAAACAAAAAUCAACUUAUUAACUAGCCCUGGAAUGAAUGGCACUAUUUUGAAGCAGAUUCAACAACAAAGGUCAUCAUCAGAAGUCGAACAGCAACAAAAUUACAGUUUGUCCUCUGUGCUCCAUCAGCAGUUGUCCUCUCAGACCCAUCAGCAGUUGCCUUCUCAAACUCAUCAGCAGAUACCUUCUCAAGCCCAUCAGCAAUUACCUUCUCAAACCCAUCAGCAGUUGCCCUCACCAACCCAUCACCAGUUGCCUUCACAGAACGAUCACCAGUUGUCCUCACAGAUCCAUACCCAAUUACACACACACGUCCAAAAGCUACAGCAGCAAUCAUCUACACAGACCCAUCAACAACCGAAGCAAACGACUGUGCAAGUUGAGCUGCAGCAACAGAAGCAUCAAUCAACUGUGCAGCUACAACAUCAGCAACAAAAGCAAGAACUGGCACGUCUUGCUUGCAGUUUCCACUCCUUUCUGGAUGACACUAGAAAACGCCUGUUUGGAUCAGCAACAGAAGAAGAGAAUACAAAUGGUUGGCAUGAUUCUUCUGCAGUUUAUGAAACACAUCAAGGAAAUACUCUGAGCAGUUUUAAAGCAGCUUUCCAGCUUUCUCCUCCUGUGCAAAGAACACACGUGUCUUCAAAUUCUAAAGAUCCACUAGAAUUUUUGGAUGAAGCUGAGCUCUCAGCAUCGAAGUCCAUUUUUGAUUUGACACAACAGCCUUCAUUGAACACUUCAUUUAUAUCAGAUAAGCUUGUUACUGAAACUAUUUUACCAGGACAAGUUCCAGAAGUGUACCCCUUUCAGAACGACACCACUGCUAGUUCUUUUAAACCAAUAAACUCGGCAGUUUCUCAGUCAGUAUUGCCUGAAAUUCACAAAGACGUACCUGCUCGAGACGACUGCCUUUCACCAGAGAUAGAAAGCAAAUCUUUCCUUGCCAGCCAAAUUGAAGAAUUAAACAAGCAACAUGAAGAAGCAGAGAGACUUUUACAGAAAUUUCUUCAGAGUGGAAAAGAACAGGAAGAAAUGUUGAAACUUGGAGGAGAGUUUGAAAGUAAAUCUCAGACUGAGUUACAGAGAGCACAAGGAACUGAUGAUUUUCUAACAUUGCCUACAUCUAACCAAAUCUCCAAUGAGGAGCACCCUCAAACUCUAGAACAACAGAGAAGUAACUCACCACAUAUAUUUAAUGGUGUAUCUCCAGCAAUAUCGCCUAUCAUCGUUGAGGAAUGUUUUGAUCAAGCUGUUUGAUUAUUUGAUGAGCUAUGCGAGUCAAAGAUUCCCUCGUAACCGUCCAAUCAGCCUAGAAGAAAUGCCAACAUCAUAUCACACUUCAACUACCAGUUCUUCAUUCCUUAUCUAUUUGUAUUAUAUUAUUUAUAACUUCCUUUUUUUUUUUUCAUUGUAAAAUUAUUAUUUUAAGAUUGAGUGGUGGUGGU